CUGGUGCAUUCUGGGAGCACAAAGGGCCUCGGCCCCGCCUCGGCCAGCCCCGCCUGCGCCGACAGGCAGCUCCUGGGCCAGGGGGCGGGGAGGAAGGACGCCGCGGCGGAAGGACACAGGUACGUUUCUCAUACAUGCGGAUGAAGUACCUCUUCGUCUCUUGGCUAGCAGUAUUUAUUGGCAGCUGGGUUAUGUAUGUUCAGUACUCCAACUACACAGAACUAUGCAGAGGACAUGACUGUAGGAAAUUGAUAUGUGAUAAAUACAAGACUGGAGUUAUUGAUGGGUCAGCAUGUAGCAGUCUUUGUGCUAAAGAAACUUUGUAUUUUGGAAAAUGUUUAUCAACAAAGCCAAAUAAUCAGAUAUAUUUAGGAAUCUGGGGAAACCUGCAUGGUGUUAUAAAAUGCCAGGUAGAAGAAGCUGCUCAACUUGAUUUUGGUACUGACCGAGAACCACGGAAGGAAGUAGCCCUGUUUGAUAAACCAACAAGAGGAACCACUGUUGAGAAAUUCAAAGAAAUGGUAUAUGGUCUUUUUAAAGCAAAAUUGGGUGAACAAGGAAAUCUUUCAGCACUGGUUAAUCUCAUCCUGUCUUUUGCUGAUGGAAACAAAGAUGGUAGAGUUUCUUUGCCAGAGGCAAAAUCUGCAUGGGCACUUCUGCAGUUAGAUGAGUUUCCGUUAAUGGUGAUCUUGCAGGACAAAGAACAUACUCCCAAGCUGAUGGGUUUUUGUGGGGAUCUCUAUGUGACUGAGAAAGUUGAAUAUACCUCCCUCUAUGGAAUCAGCCUUCCAUGGAUUAUAGAACUCUUUAUUCCCUCUGGCUUCAGAAGAAGCAUGGACCAAUGGUUUACUCCAUCAUGGCCAAGAAAGGCAAAAAUAGCUAUAGGGCUUUUAGAAUUUGUGGAAGAUAUUUUCCAUGGACCUUAUGGAAACUUUUUUAUGUGUGAUACAAGUACCAAAAACUUGGGAUAUAAUGAUAAAUAUGAUUUGAAAAUUAUAGACAUGAGAAAAAUUGUCCCAGAAAUGAAUUUGAAGGAAAUAAUCAAAGAUCGCCAAUGUGAAUCGGAUUUGGACUGUAUUUAUGGUACAGACUGUAGAACUCUAUGUGACCAAAGCAAAAUGAGAUGUGCAACAGAAGUAAUUCAGCCAAACUUGGCAAAAGUCUGUCAGCUACUGAAAGACUAUCUGCUUCGUGGUGCUCCUCCUGAUAUCCGUGAAGAACUAGAAAAACAACUGUACUUGUGUAUUGCCCUUAAAGUCACAGCGAAUCAGAUGGAAAUGGAACAUUCUUUGAUACUCAAUAACCUAAAAACACUACUGUGGAAGAAAAUUUCCCAUACCAAUGAUUCUUAGCCUCUCCACCAGCAGAAGAUGCUGUUGAUGCCUGCCACUAGAGGUGGCCUACCACAUUUGAUAAAAAUGAUCUGCAGCCUUUUUUAAAAGCCUUUCUUUACUCAGAUGACACAAGUAGCUCUUUUAACUCUUGCCCUUCAGUUGGUACCUUGUGACAGGGCUUGUCAAAGAACGCAGUGCCACUGAAUGGUUGGACAGAGGCCAGAAGAACUUCUGGUGUUCCAGUGCUCUGUUAAGGAAACAAAACCCCUGCAUGCUUGACUCUUCUGUGCACUUUGUCAGAUCUUGAACAGGAUGAAAGUAUUUGCUGUGCCACCACAUCAACUGAUGGAACAUCUCAUAAUUCUGUGAAAAUCAUUGUUCACUUGGGAAAUACGUGCAGAAGAUUUUUAUCCUAACUAGUUUUAUGAGGAACCAUCUCUACUGCAAAUAAUGUGUCUGAGUCCAAGCUGCUGUGAAUAACGUGAACUGUAAGACUGAAGUUUACCAAUGUCUUGGCAUGGCAGAGUUUGCACAUUAAUAAUUUUUAAUCUGUGGAAAGUCAGAAUUUUGUUCUAGAACUGACAGGUUGUAAU